AUGGUGUGUUUAAAUGAAUUUUCCCCAGAUAUACUGUGUGUGGGUGUGUGUUUACCAAGGUGAACCAUCUUCACUGCGCUGACUUGAGAUGUGGUGAUCUGUUCUCUCUGCUCCUCCCCUUACCCCUGAUCCCUCAGCCUCGUCAUGUGACCAGGAGCAGCAGUCGGCCCAGGAGGAAGCGCGGCAGCACAAGAACGAGGCGGUGUUCGUGCCCGACUGUGCCCAAGGGGGCCUCUACAAGCCUGUCCAGUGUCACCCGUCCACUGGGUACUGCUGGUGCGUGCUGGUGGACACAGGGCGGCCCAUCCCUGGCACCUCCACCAGGUGAGAGACUGGCACUGCCCACACUGGCACUGCCCACCUUGACAGUACAGCUACAAUACACCUGACAGGGGGCUGGAGCUGGAAGUUUUCAACCUGUAUUACAGUAGGCUAACGGUAUAUCGUCUUAUUGGGUACCCUGCUUUGUGUCCUGCUUUGUAUAGUGUACGUCCUGAAGCUUCCAAGUGUACAGAUGCAAGUACAUACCAACGCACAUGCAGGUACAUACAUAAUGCCCUUACAUCCACAUUACCUAUAGAGUCCAAUCACACAUUAAACUGAGUGCCAGUCACCAGUAGCUAAGCGGUCCAUCAUGGGCACUGCUGUGUGUGUGAUUGAGGGGUUGACGGGGCUGAGUGUGGGGGUCAGGGGUUGGCGAGGCUGGCAAAGAGGGGGCAUGCGUGCGGGUACAGUUUUAAUGAGCGGGGGGAACGAUGCAGAGCUGGGUAUCGGAUUAACAAGGCCCCAGGCAGGGCGCCAGACAGCGCAUUAGUCUGUUCUUGGCCAGGACGCAUGGCACAGCAGUGGCAAUCGGGGCUCCGCUCUCUCGCGUUUUCCAAGGGAGGCCAUGAAAGACGUCCCUGUGUCCCACGCUCUCUGUUUCCCUAUUUUUCUCUCUCUCUCACACACAAUUUCCUUUCUCUUUCACUCUUUUUCUCCCAUCUCACUCUCACUGUUCCUCUUUCACACUCUCUCUCUCUCUCUCUCUCUCUCUCUCUCUCUCUCUCUCUCUCCUCUCUCUCUCUCUCUCCUCUCUCUCUCUCCUCUCUCUCUCUCUCUCUCUCUCUCUCUCUCUCUCUCUCUCUCUCUCUCUCUCUCUCUCUCUCUCUCACACAUACUAUCCCUUUCUGUUUUGGGAGCAGCUUCUCACCCUCUCUCCAAGUUGCGGAGAAAGUAUUUAGCCACAGUAAUAUUUCUAGAUUAAGUGGGACUUUAAACUGCUGACAUUUGAUUGCAUGGGGAGAUGGGGGAUGAAUUAUAACAUUGUUCAUUUAUCCAUGAGUGAACUGAACAACAUUAAUAGUUCUUUACAUUGUGUAUCACAGAUAUGAGCAACCAAAGUGUGAUGGCAACGCCCGAGCCCAUCCCACCAAACCGAAGGACCAUUACAGAAGCAGACAUCUUCAA